AUGCCAGAGAAAGUGUGCAAGUUUCAAGGUCAGUGUUAUCAUAAGCUGAAGAGAUCAUGUCUGAGGCGAGGGGCUCUGUUCCAAGAUCCAUUCUUUCCUCCUUCAGCUGAGUCACUGUUCUACAAAAGGACACCCCCUCCAGGACUGAUGUGGAAGAGACCUAGGGAACUGUGUAAAGAUCCUCGACUAUUUGUGGAUGGAAUCAGCACAAGGGAUCUGCACCAGGGCAGUCUGGGUAACUGCUGGAUGGUGGCAGCCACAUCAUGUUUGGCAGCAGAAUCCUCACUCUGGAAGAAGGUGAUCCCAGACCAUGCUGAACAGGAGUGGCACCCAAAGUGCCCAGAUCUGUAUGCUGGAAUUUUUCACUUCCGUUUCUGGCGACUGGGCCAGUGGACAGAUGUCGUGGUCGAUGACCGUUUACCAGUCAGUGAGGAUGGAGCGCUGCUCUUCUGCCGUUCUGCAACUCCACGGGAAUUCUGGAGCGCUUUGUUGGAGAAAGCUUAUGCCAAGUUAAAUGGGUGUUAUGAGGCUUUAGAGGGAGGUAAUACAGCCGAAGCCCUAGUUGAUUUUACUGGUGGCGUCUCUGAACCAUUGAAUUUGAACCAGGAGGAACUGAUCCAGCAUGCUGACCAGAGAAAAAUGCUGUUCCAGACACUAGCACACGCACAUAGCCAUAAAGCCCUCAUCACCUGUUCCAUUCGGCCAGCAGAAGGAGAGCAGGUAGAAUCAGUUCUAGACUGUGGACUGAUAAAGGGUCAUGCAUACGGUGUGACUGCAUUCAAAAAACUUCGUAUGUCAGAGACUCUGAAUGGCAUGUGUAAUGCAACUCGUUUGCACAUGGUCCGGAUGAGGAACCCUUGGGGCACAGCAGACUGGACAGGAGCAUGGAGUCUUGGUUCUCCUCAGUGGCAGCAGCUAAGCCGCAGAGAACGGGAGAAGAUGGGCCUUGUUGUCCGAGAUGUUGGAGAGUUUUGGAUGGAGUUUGAGGACUUCUGCCGUUACUUCACAGACAUGGUGGUUUGCAGGUUGGCGGAAAAAUCCCUCCUCUGGCCACAGACCCACUGGAGGGAGGUGUGCUGCCAGGGUGCUUGGACCUAUGCAUCUGGGAUCCAACCUCCUCCCUCAUCUUCUUGUCAUCUAAACAUCAAGAACCAGAGGCCUUCAACCGGGCUCCAAUGGUCCAAACAAAGGCCAGCUCAAAGACAAGACAAAAAGGAACAAAGACUGAGUGAAAGGCAGAAGGAGGGACAAAUCCAAGGACAAAAACAGAAAAAGAAAGAAGAAGUAAAACCAAAGCAAAUUAAGGGGAGAAGGGAGCAUGUGAAAAAACAGGCAGAAGGCACGGCGAUGAGAUGGGAGAGGCAAAUUGACAGAAGAAGUCGAUGUGGAGGAUGUAUCAAUCACAGAGACACAUUUCUAUACAACCCACAGUUCCUUUUUGAACUGACUGGAGAUGGGGCAGAGGUGUUGAUAUGUUUGCAACAGGAGGACAGGAGGAUGAAAAGGAGGGAGGGAAGUGGGGAGAACUUACCAAUCGGCUUUGAGGUUCUAAGGGUGGAGGUGAAUCGUGUUUGUCGUGUACAGUGUUUAUGUGAGCAGGCUGCUAGCUCUGUGUAUAUGGACUCCCGUAGCGUUACUCUGCGAGUGAAUCUUGGCCCUGGACGCUACAUCAUCCUCCCCACUACUUUCCUGCCUGGUGCAACUGGUCGGUUCCUUCUGCGUUUUUUCUCACACUCACAUGUACGCCUCAGGUAG